AUGAUCCGUUUCUGGACCGACGCUUGGAAUGGUGAUCCAUUUAUUGACAGCACUUCUAUGGAAGAGUUAACGCUCAAAGGUAUCAAUCCUCACGUCUUCAUUUCUAAUCUCGCUUCGCAAGGCCAUUGGAACAUCCCCCCGGAUUGGUUUGUUUGGUUUCCGUUUCUGUCCUCUCGUUUGGCUAAUGUUUUGGCUCCUUCCUCGGAUCUGGAAGACGAGAUGGGUUGGAAGCAUUCGGUCUCGGGCCAUCUUGCGCUGAAGGAUGCAUACCUUUUUUUUGCAAAACCCAACCUGGACUGCCCUUGGAGUAAAGUGAUCUGGCACUUGAAUAUCCCACCUAGUCGGUCUAUCACGGUUUGGCGUAUGUUUCAUCACAAACUCCCCACAGAUGACUUCAUCAUGAAGAAGGGAAUUCCGUUAGCUUCCCGUUGCCCGAUCUGUCUUGCUGAUUCCGAUACAUUCCAGCACCUGCUGUUUGAUUGCAAUUUCACCAAAAGUCUUUGGUCUUGGCUUAGGAUGAAAUUACAUUCUAACCAUGUUCCUUCCACUGUCCCAGAUUGGUUGGAUAGCAACCUUUGUCUUAAUUCCCCGCAGGUAGCGUUAAUUCAUGGUGCAGCUGUUGUUAAUUCCUUGUUCUCGCUUUGGCAAAUCCGGAAUUCUGCUAAGUACGAUAACCGCAAACCGUCUCUCAAAUCGGCUACUGAAUGGAUCUUGCAGCAAGUCCAAAAAUCCGGUAACUCGUCCAGCAAAGGCUCUUUUAUUAGCAUGCAAGAUUUCUCCUUCAUAAAAGAUUUCAAAGUCAACAUUAUUCCUCCUAAGUCUCCCACUAUUAAAGAGGUUCUUUGGAGUCCACCGUCUUUGGGUUGGCUCAAAUGCAACUGCGACGGUUCCUUUAUUCCCGACAUUUCCAAGGCGGGUUGUGGAGGUAUUUUUCGGAAUCACAGCGGAGAUUUCACCCUUGCUUUUGCUGAACCUAUUCGUUUCACCUCUUCUCUUCAUGCUGAAUUCGGCGCGGUCAUCCGAGCCAUGGAGAUAGCCAUUCUUAACGGUUGGAAUAAGCUUUGGGUUGUGUUGCACCCCAAUUUUUGA